AUGGCGCGUCUCAACACCCAUCCCUCCGCCACACCGCAGCAGCAAACACGCUCCUCAACCAUCGAUUCGCUCUACCGUGCCCCUUCGGCUGCGCCGCGAAACGAGAGCAAUGUGCGCACCUCGUCCUACUCUGUCCUAAGCCCGACGCGAUCCAUGAACUCAGACAAGGAGAACGAUUUGCCUCAAACGCGCGAAAAUACCCCACAACCACAUAAAGUCAGGGGUCGGCGAGGCGCGUCUGCCCGCAUGCCCACACCCGACUCAGGCUCGACCACUGGUGACAAUGGCAACAAGCGACGGCGGACCGGAAACUACACCAUGCCCGAAUCCGAAAUCUUCACGGAUGAGCUAGAAGCAGAGGAGCAGGAAGAUGAGGAAGACGAGGACGCUGAGGAGCCUUCGCAAGUCCAGCCCGAGCCUGAAGAGGAGGGCAACUUGCGCUUCUACAACCCCAAUCAGGAUCCUGACCAACGGCGAAGACUACGCGCAAGCAUGCGCGACCAUCAGCGCACUGUAGAUGAAAACCGCGAUGAGAUGGUGAAGCCUAACAGCAAGCUUCUCGAUGCCCUCAAGACGCAGAACAACUUAUUCGGGAAAGUGCGGCAAACAGCUGACGCGGCGCUGGAUUCCCGCUUCUUAGUCAAUGCCAGUGAGCUGGCAGGGAAGAAGCUAAACAACAGCCUACAAGGAAGCGCUGGCGUUGGUAUUGACCUGGACCAGUUUGUGUCCAAGUGCAUCUACUUUAUGAAGUCUGGCGGUCAUGUAGCUGGCGGAGAAGAAGCACCCGUCGUGCCAGUGGCAGAUGGUGAGGACGAGGAAGAUGGUGAUGGCCUGAACUGGGCAUUACUUGGUCGACAAGCAUGUUUUCCCUGCAACAAGCGCCCGCCGGUAUCGAGCUUCUUGCUCGGUCCCCUUUCUGUUCAGAAGCGUGUCCGCACCACCCAAAGGAAAGCUCGCUCUCAACGGCAGCCCGUGGGACCAGCGACCCGACCACAAGAGAUCAAGGAAGGCGAUAUCCAGCAGUCCGAGAAUUCGAAUCUGUCGGACCUCGUCAAGAUUAUCAAGAAACGGCUAGAGGACCAUCUCCAGCGCGGAAUAGCCGGCGUUGAGGGCGAACUAUCCGAAAUUCCAGAAUCGGAGCUCCAAGAUGAAGACCAAGCUGCGGCUUUCCGACGCUUCAGAGUGACUCAGGCUCCUACUGAAGAAGCAGCCGUGGGCUUGCUCGACUUUGCCAUCAAUCCCAACAAUUUCGGGCAAACUGUCGAGAACUUAUUCUACAUCAGCUUUCUAGUAAGAGAGGGGAACGCAAAGAUCAUCAAGGAUGCGGAAGGGCUACCUCUACUCAUACCAGAGGAGCCCCGCGGCGCAUCCAAUCAACGAGAAAAUCACGCCCAGAAACACCAAGCUGUCUUCAGCAUCGACUACCCCACGUGGCACAUGUUCAUCGACGCCUUCGACAUCAGGGUACCCCUGAUUCCACAUCGCGAGCAAGAAGAAGCGACUGUUGGAUCCGGAGGCUGGUAUGCCGGCUAA